AUGCCUCCAACAUCCAAUGCCUCCAGUGACGAGGGGUGGGACAACGAAGAACGAAUCCAAAGGUCUCAAUCGCAGCGGGAAGCAGAUCGAACCAGUCUCGACCAUGUUCGGAGCCAUGUCUCUCACCAUGAUAUGCCGGCGACAGAUGAAUUCCAAGAAGUCGACGCCGAACAAUAUCUCCGUUUCUCGCCAGCUAGAAAGGUUGUCAUUGUUGGUAUCCUCGCCUUUUGCUCCUUUCUAGCACCCAUCUCCUCGACCUCUAUCCUCGCUGGUGUUCCUGAAGUGGCAAAAACAUACAAUACCACUGGUAGUGUGAUCAACGCCAGCAAUGCCCUGUACAUGGCGUUUAUGGGCAUUGCAGCACCUUUCUGGGGGCCUUUUAGUCAAGUCUGGGGACGACGUCCAAUCUUCUUCAUAAGUGCAUUGCUCUUCUUUGCUUUCAGCAUUGGCACAGCUCUAGCCCCGAAUCUACCAGCAUACUACAUCUUCCGAGUCCUAACUGCCUUCCAAGGAACAUCCUUCUUGGUCGUUGGCAGCUCCGCUCUAGGCGAUAUCUACGAGCCUCGUGCUCGCGCCACAGCCCUAGGCUGGUUCCUAUCAGGAACCCUAAUCGGACCAGCCUUUGGUCCAUUCAUCGGGGGCGUAAUCGUGACCUUCCGCUCCUGGCGAGAUAUCUUCUGGCUCCAAACCGCCCUAGGAGGCUUCGGCACCGUCCUCGUCUUCUUCUUCUUUCCAGAAACAUACCCGCACCUAACAAAGAACGACCUAUCAGAACGAACGCUCCUCCAAAAAGCCAAAUUUCUCUGGAAUCGCAUCUCCCCCCUCCGCGUCGCAGUCAUGCUAUUCACAUAUCCAAAUCUCUUCUGCACGGGUCUCGGGGCUGGCGCUCUAGUCUGGAACCAAUAUUCCCUCCUCACACCCAUCCGCUACGUCCUCAACCCCCGCUUCCACCUGACAAGCCCCAUCCAAUCCGGUCUUUUCUAUAUCGCUCCUGGAUGUGGAUAUCUCGUUGGAACAUUCAUGGGCGGACGAUGGGCCGAUUACACCGUUAAGAAAUGGAUCCGUAAGCGAGGAGGUGUCCGCGUCCCCGAGGACCGGCUUAAAUCCUGCUUGUUCUUCCUUGGGGGUGUUGUGCCGGGCUGUAUUUUGAUUUAUGGGUGGACGGUUGAGAAGGCUGUCGGUGGGAUUCCGGUUCCUGUGCUCGCGAUGUUUUUCCAGGGUGUUGCGCAGUUGUUCUGCUUUCCGAGUCUUAAUACUUAUUCGUUGGAUGUUAUGCAGUCUAGUGGACGGAGUGCUGAGGUUGUCGCGGGCAGUUACAUGUUCCGCUAUUUCUUUGGUGCGCUGGGCUCUGGGCUUGUUUUGCCUGCUGUGGAGACUAUGGGGGUUGGGUGGUUUAGUACUAUUAGUGCUUUGUUUUUGUUUAGUUCUGGAGUUGGGGUUUGGCUUACCACUAUCUUUGGGGAUCAGUGGCGGGAUAAGAUUGAGAAGAAACAGUUGCAGAAGGCCGAGAAGAAGGCUGGAGCUACGCAGCAGGAUUCUAAAAAGUGCGAGGUCGCGGCUUAA